AGCUCUGAUGGACAUGGGGCAUCUCUGAUGAGCUUCAGUGGUCUUUGGGGAGCUUCGGUAGCCCUUGGGGAUCUCUGAUGGACUCCAGAAUGCGCUGGUGGUCCCCAAGCAGCUCUGGUGGGCUCCAGGGAUCUUUUCUUCACCCUGAAGCCUUACAGCAUAUAAGACACAUCUUUUCUCCUUUUCCUGUCCCUGAGAGAGCACCCACUCUCAUCCGGGGAGGCUCACCCCAUCUCAGCACCCCAUCAGGACCUGUGCCAGUGCUGGUCCCAGUCUUCUGCCUCAAGAUCAGUUCUCUCCCAGCAAGGAGCCCCACAUGAAACUCCUUGCCCUGAGCAGCCUCCCUGUGCCCUGAUCCCCACAACCACAGGUACUGCCCCAGUGAGACUCAGGGGCCCCCAAAGGUCUUCCAGUGGGAAGGGGAACCAAAGCCUGAUGCCAUGGGUGAUGUCGUCACAAUGAUGCAGGCAGUUGCUAUGGCGACCGAGCUCCCCUCAAGGCACAGCCCCAGGUAACAGCGCAAGCACUGGAUGUGAUGGAGGCCAAGCCAAUGGACAGGUACAAGGCUUUGUGCGCUGUUGUCAUUGACACGGGGACAGGCCACACGAGGAGUGGGCUGGCUGGGGACGAGGAGCCGCGGUCGGUGGUGCCCAGCCAGGCUGAGGACAGCUCCAUCCUCACCCACGGCGUGGUCACCGACUGGGACGGGCUGGAGGAGCUGUGGCACCGCAUCCUCUACCAGGAGCUGCGUGUCUGCCCCGAGGAGGUGGCCGUGCUGGCCACGGAGGCCCCGCUUUCCCCCAUUGCCAACCGGGAGAAGAUGGCCGAGCUGCUCUUCGAGGGCUUCGGGGUGCCGGCCAUGCUGGUGCUGCCCCGCUCCCUGCUCGCCGCGUACUCCUAUGGCCGCACCACCGGCGUGGUGGUGGGCUCCGGUGCCGGCACCUCGUACGCGGCAGCGGUGUGGGAAGGCUACGCGCUGCCACACGCCACCUUCCGCCUGGAUGUGGCUGGGGAUGCCCUCACCUGCUACCUGGGCCAGCGGCUGGAGUCCCGCGGGGUGCACCUCGACACUUACACCCUGUGCGGCCUGAAGGAGACCUGCUGCUGCGUCCUGCCGGCUGCCGGGCAGCCCCCGCCCGUCCUCCCCCCCAGCACCUCGGGGCUGCUCCAAGCGGAUGAGCGCUUCCACUGCCCCGAGGUGCUGCUGGCCCCCACGGCCCUGGGGCUGCCGGGGCCAGGGCUGCUGGAGCAGGUGUCCCAGAGCCUGCGCCGCUGUUGGAGCUCCCCCAGCGGCCCCCCACCCUGCCUGCUGCUGGCCGGGGGCACCACGCUGCUGCAGGGCCUCCCCCAGCGCCUGUGCGCAGAGCUGGGGAUCCCCGUUGAGGCCGCCCCACACCGCCGUGAAGCCGCCUGGCUGGGAGGGUCACUGGCCACUGCCCUCGGUGCCUUCCAGGGAGCAUGGGUGCCGCGGGACGCCUAUGCAGAGGGCGGCCCUGCCGUCCUGCACUCCCACUGCUGCUGACCCCAAUAAAGGCCCACAAGUGGCAACCGGU